GAACAAAUACAUGGAAAAAAAAUAGAAUCUAGGACAUUGAUGCGCUAUGAUGUUAGCAUUGGAGACAAAUCGGGGGUGCAUGUUAAUGGAGUUCUGUACUGGAUUGCUGCUCGCACCCUCGAAGGAGAUGGGUUCAAAUCAUGCCUGGUAAUAGUUUCUUUCGAUAUCUGUGAUGAGAGUGGCCAUGAGAUAACACUACCUGCUGACAUUUCAGCCGGCAAGGUGGCAUUUAGUUUGAGUGUGCUUGAUGGGAACCUUUGCCUGAUUUGUGAUAUACUUGAUGUUCAUGCGGAGGUAUGGGUGAUGAAAGAUUUUGGAGAGGAUAAAGCUAGGGAGAGAGAAAGUUGAUGAGCCAUUGAGCCUAAUGGUAUUGUUUUAUAUGAACCGAAACAUAAAAGGAGUACAGUUCUACUACUUGGUCCUCAUAUCUUAUUUGGCAUUGAGAGUUAUUUUCCAAGCUUAGUUUCACUUAAAUCAGGUAUUUUUGUGGGGGCAAGGGAAUUCGAGGAAUUAUAAAGCUAGAAGGAAACUUUAAGAAAGGGUGAAGUCACGCUACUUCUGAAAUGUUAUACUGUAACCGAGAAGUUAUUAUGGAGUAGAAUGGAAGUAGUGGGGAAAAUGAAGAUGUGGGAGCUGCUAGGCGUUCUGCCAAUUUAUUGGGCUUGGUACUCUUUUAAGGCGGACGAUUCUAAGAAAGCUACCUUGUUUGUUCAACCAUAUUUUGAGUAAGGUUUUUCCACCUCUCGUGAAUUUACCUUUUUAUCUUGUUUGGAGACUAGAAAAGUUUAUCUAAGAAUCAGUAAAACUAUCUAACAUAGUAAUGUUUGAUGAUACUUUCACUUCA